AUGGAGAUCAAUUACUGUCAGCCUACGAGGAUUCUGGCUGUUGAACCGACAACGAUCAUAGCUCACCAAUCGAAAGGACCUCCGCCCUCGCCCAUAUGGAAUUAUUUCGUUAGAGAUUCGGAAAGGAAAGUUGCCAUAUGCAAAUCGUGCGGGGGAAGCAUACGCAUAGCAUCGGGAACGACAUCCGGGAUCGUGUAUCACUUGAAAGCGACGCAUUUCGAAGAAUUCGAAUUGUACAAAUUGCAAAAGGAGGAAUGGGAAAAGUUGAAGGAUUUUUACGUGUAUCAGAAUUACAUGAAAAAUCGCGUCAAAAAGAAAAUAAUACAAGUCGUUCAAAUGAACGAUUCGACGUCCGCCAUCAUUGUUGAUCCAUCAUUUGUUUCAGGGAAAUUGCCCGGGUACAGACCGCAAAUGUCGCCGAUAUGGAAUUACUUCGACAAAGUGAACAAUCGAAAAGCAAGCCUGUGUAGAAUCUGUGGGACUUUGCUCAAGGGAGUCGUGACGGGGAAUGCGGAGAUACAUUUAAGAUCGAAACAUAAUAGUUUGUUUGAAGAAUUUCAAGAGCAAAAAAACCGUUGGGUGUAUUCGAAACGUUAUCGUUACAUAGGACCCCAAAUAAAAGAAUCGAGCCUGAGAAAAUCCGAAUCUCGGUCCAGAAGAACCUGA